AUAUUAACCUCUCACCCUCCAUGCUGUUCAAGUUUCCUCCAAGAAAAAGGCAGCAGCAACAACAACCGCCAUGGCUGAGGGAGGAGCAGGCAGUACAGGCUCAACCCCAUACCGCUCUUUGCAAGACACCCCCACCUGGGCUCUGGCAACCGUUUGCUUCAUCUUCAUCUUCACCGGCAUAUUCAUUGAGUACCUGAUCCACCUCCUUAGCCACUGGCUGAAAAAAAGUAGAAAGACUGCCUUGUAUGAGGCCUUGGAGAAGCUCAAAUCAGUGCUUAUGGUGCUGGGGUUCAUGUCACUCAUUUUGACGGUAACUCAAAGAUCCAUCAUCAAAAUCUGCAUACCAGACAAGGUUGCAAACAGGAUGCUACCAUGCCGUCAUACCAUAACCAAAACCACCAAAGCAACACAAGAAAGGAUCUUGGCAGCUGAAUCCGGCUCGGAUUAUUGUGGCUCAAGGGGAAUGACAUCUCUUAUAUCAGAAAGCGGGGUCAAUCAGCUCAAUAUAUUCAUCUUUGUGAUGGCGAUCAUGCAAAUAGUCUACACCGUUCUUACUAUGGCCUUAGGAAGGGCAAAGAUGAGGAGUUGGAAAGCUUGGGAGCGAGAGACUCAAACAGUGGAAUACCAAGCUGCCACUGAUCCUAAUCGCUUUCGGUACACAAGGCAAACGACAUUUGCACGUAGACACAUGGGUUCCUUUGCAGCAACAUCAACCCAACUCUGGAUUAAGUGCUUUUUCCGUCAAUUCUUCAGUUCAGUGGCAAAAGUUGACUAUCUAACUCUGCGCCAUGGAUUCCUGGCGGCUCAUUUGCCCAAUAACAGUUCCUUCAAUUUCCAAAGGUACAUACAACGAUCGCUGGAUUAUGAUUUCAAAGAAAUAGUCGGCAUUAGUCCCUGGAUGUGGUUUUUAGUCGUCAUCUUCAUGCUUGUGGAUGUCCAUGGUUGGCAUGUCUAUCUUUGGGUAUCAUUUAUCCCAUUGCUAAUAGUGCUGGUUCUUGGAACCAAACUUGAAGUAGUAGUAGCAGAAAUGGCUCUUGAAAUCCAUGAUCAAAGUAGUGUAAUCAAGGGAGCUCCUCUAGUACGACCAAAUAACAGUCUCUUCUGGUUCAGUCAUCCAAAAUAUGUCUUGCCUCUUAUACACUAUACUCUAUUCAUGAACGCGUUCGAGCUCGCAUUUUUUGUUUGGGUCACGCUGCAAUUUGGGAUAAAAUCUUGCUACCAUGAAAGGGUAGAGAUCAUCGUUGUUAGGGUUGUAUUAGCGGUGACUGUUCAAAUCAUGUGUAGUUACAUUACUCUUCCUCUGUAUGCCCUAGUAACCCAGAUGGGGUCACAAUUUAAGGGUGCAAUCUUGGAAGAGCAAACAGCUAACGCUAUCAAGCAAUGGCACGGUGGAGUCAAGAAGAAGAUGAAGAAAAAAGGACAAGAUUUUUCACUAUCUAAUAAUCACUCUUAUUCCUCCCCUAUAUCAACUAGCAACCGAACCAUGGAUUCCCCCUCAGAUAACAACCAUCAUCAUAGCCAAAAUGAUUCUCAAGAUGACAUCCCUUCUCUUUUAAGAAAUCCAACUUUAAGUGAUAUCACUUCAUUUCAAGGCCAAAUUGAGAUAGUUGAAGGUGGUGCUCGAGAAAUUUCCCGACAUGGGGUUCCAUCCACUGUGAUUGAAAUAGCCGGUGUGCCUGAUCGAAUCAAGAAUCAAACAUAGAUAUUUACAAUCUAAAAACCCCCCCUAAUAUUUGUAAGUUACAAAUUCAUUGCCCUUGUAAUAUUUUGAUCUAUUGAUAGAUUUGUGAAAAAAAGAGCACAUUAAUUUACGUCUCUAACUAUCAGUUGACUAUAGCUUAAGUUCCAAA